AUGGCAUCCUUACCGGCCGGAUUCUUCCUCACUUCAAUCAGCGGGAGACAGUGUACGGCUGUGCCGCGAACCCCUGGGGCCUCGACGCCGAUCCGAUCAGCAACACCGACACCGGGCACCAGCGGAGGAGGGGGGGGAGCGCAGCAGUCGGCAUUCGCGGUCCCUCCAACCGUCAGCACCACGUCCGGCAGCAGCAGUGGUCCGACCUCCUCGCCAGCGACCACCACCGGCCCUCCUCCCGUCGCAACACCUCCACCUGCAGCCGCCCCCGUCGUCAGCAGCGGCACAACGAACGAGGCGGCGGUGCCUCCCCCCGCCGCGGUGCCUCCCCCGGUGGCGGUGGCGCCCACGACUGGCGGCACGGCAGGGGAGGAGAGCGAGACGACCACGGCCGUGGAGACGGUCACGUCCGUCGCCGAGACGACCGAGGUCCUCGAGAGCACGCUCACCACGCUGAGGACCAUCGUCACGAGCGUGGGCGGGGUGGUGACGUCGGUGGUGACGGAUGCACCCGUGACGCUGACGACGAGCGUCACCACGGCCAUCACCCAGCCCGUCGUCAUUCCGAUAGGAGGAGGUGGGGGGGACGCACCGUCGACGACGAGCACAGCCGCGGACGGGAGUACGACCGUCAUCACCGGCGGCGGCGGUGGCGGAGCGGCCACCACGGCCGAGUCCAUCGUCACCACCACCCUCUCCGGCGGGGCGACGACGACCGUCGCCCCCGACACCAACAACGGUGCCGGCAGUGGCAGCAACAACGCCGACGGGGGGGGCAGCGGGAACGGCAUAAGCCAGAACCCGAUAGGUUCGGACGCCGACUCCUCCAACGGGGGCUCGGCCUCGGGUGCAUCGUCGAGGACGGGCGUGAUAGCAGGCAGCGUCGUGGGUGCCGCCGUAGGCGCCGCGCUGGCCGCCUUCGUCAUCCUGUGGCUGUGGCGCAGACGUAUCCGCCGCAACGAGCAGUACAGGAUACGCACGCCCGUCAUGGAGGAGGCUGCCGACCGACCGAGACCGUCUCCGCCGCCUACCGCCUUCAGCCUCGCCCCGCCGCCCUCGGCCGCCGCCGCAUCCAACUCGGCCAGGACGUGGGAGUUCGACACGGCGUCCGUGGGUCCGACGGCCCGGUGCACCAAGAUUGCCGGCGCGCUGUCAUACAAGAUCAGCAGCCUGUCGCGGAGGAUGGGACUGGGCACCGCCGCCACGCCUACCGCAUCCCCCGGGUUCAGAUCCGGGUCCGGGUCCGGGUCCGGUACCAGCCCCGGCAGCGGCGACGGCAACGGCAACGGCAACGGCAACGCAAACUGGUUCUCCGUCCCCUUCAACAAGACCGGAGAUGGCCGCCGGGGCGACGAAGAGAAACCCGCCGACGGCAGAAGCAGCCGAUGGUUCUCCACGCCGUACAGCAGGGCCGAUGAAGCCCGCAGGAGCGGUCUAGGUCUCCUCAUGGACGAGCAGCCCGCCGACCGUAUCGAGCCGACGCUGCCGACGCUCGUCCCCGAGAAUCCAUUUGCCGACUCACCAGACGUCAACAACAACCAUCCCCUCACCGACUCGUCUGAGAAUCAGAAUCCCUUCGCCGACACCGCAGCAGCAGCGGUGCCGUUCGAGGGCCUGUCGGAGAGGCAGAGGCAGAAGCAGAGGGUCGUACCAUCGUCCAUCUACACCGACACCUCGGUAGCAACCCGGUCCAGCGUGACCCUACGUCCCCAGCCACUGCAGAUGCAGCGGCUGCAGCCGAACAAUAACACGACAGACACCACCUCGCUCGCACGCUCGGAUACGGUCAAGUCGAACCAGUUUGACCUCGAGAUCGACGCUUCCUUUGCAGUCCCGUCACCGAGGAUGCCAAGUCUUCUCGAGGGGGCGAGGAGGAGAUUGAGUCCCGCUCCCACUCCUGCUCCCGCUCCUGCUCCCGCUCCUGCUCCCGCUCCUGCUCCCGCUCCCGGUGCCGGUGGCUCUGCCGCUGCAGAGGAGUGGGGUGAGCCUGGACCUGAUAUGGGUUCUUUGCCAAGGACUGCGGGGGGGUAUCUGUCUCCUAGGAGGAUAGGGAAUGCCGUGUAA